AUGCGUCUCGAUAAACUCUUCGAAAACUACGAAAAUGUUGAUAGAGUGGAAUGUAAAAGAACCGGAGCAAUCCCACCCGACUGGCUUAAAGGCACUUUGCUAAGAAAUGGACCCGGAAAAUUCAAAUACGGUGACACUGAAGUGAAGCAUUGGUUCGACGGAUUGGCCUACAUGCAGAGAUAUUCUUUUAAAGAUGGAAAGAUGUUUUAUAUGGCGAAAUGCCUUGAAUCCGACUCAUAUAAAGCGUGCGAGAAAGCGAAUCGCUGGUGUAUUCCGUCGUUUGGAACAACCAAAUUUCCAGAUCCAUGUCAAACGCUAUUUGGAAAACUUCAAUCCUAUUUCGAGAAAGAGGUCGAACUUGAUAAUUGUCUCGUCAAUUUUGUUCAGUUAGCCGACUCGGUUUACGCUUUAACGGAGACAGUGACAGUGGUAAAGGUUGACCCGGAGACGCUUGCUAUGCUUGGAAAAGAGGAUAUCAGUGACCACUUGUCAAUCGUCUCAUCCACCGCUCAUCCACAAGGAGAUUAUGAAGGAAAUGUCUACAAUGCAGGGCAUAAUUUUGGAAAAGAAUACGUCUUCACAAAGACUAAUGGGUCAAAGGGUAGCUUUGAAGAAACAACUUUAUUGGCUAAAGUGCCAUACGAUGAUCGAUGGAAUGCCGGUUAUCAUCAUUCAUUCGGAAUGUCUGAUAAUUAUGUUGUUCUUUUUGAGACACCCAUUAGAAUCUCUGUGAAAAAAUUGUUGAUGAGAAAAGUGAUCUCUUAUUCGUUCCAUGAUAGUUUAUACUGGAAAGAUGAAACUAAUACAAAUGUGAUUGUGGUCGACAAGAAAACCGGAAUGAAGCAUACGAUUCAGUUCACCGCCCCUCCCUUCUUUACUUUUCAUCACGCAAACACUUAUGAAGCUGAUGGUUUUAUUGUUGCCGAUUUCUGUCACAUGAAAAACCCUGGGAAAUUCGAUGAUCUUUUGAUGGAACAUAUGAGAGAUGGCACGUUUGGAACAAGGAAUCCCGAUUUCGUUCCCCAUCUCUACCGUAUGGUCAUUCCGACAACGAUUCCUGAUGGAGCGAAAGAUGGAGAUGAUUUGAACAAAAGCUCUUCCCAUCAUCGCGGUUCCACAGCAAUUCUACAAACGGAUGGCUCUGUCUUCUGCACUCCCGUCAAACUUUGUGAUUUCACUUUUGAAUUCCCACGUUACAAUUGGGAUAAAUACAACAUGAGACCGUAUCGAUAUGUUUAUGGAUCAACGCUGUUGUUUCCCGAGGAAACGAAUAAACUUGUUGGGAUAGUAAAGGCUGAUGUGGAAACGGGUAAAGUGCAAUACUGGACGAGAGAUCAUGAGAGACAGCUGUGCGCGGAACCGGUUUUCCUUGGCGAUCCAGAGGGAAUCGAUGAGGAUGAUGGUGUCCUUUUGGUGCCAGUGAUGACGGUGAAAGACGAGGAUUUGCCGAUUUUCCUUAUCUUAGAUGCUAAAGAUUUAUCAGAGAUUUGCAGAUAUUCGAUCCCGACUGAUCGUCUUCCCCCAAGUUUCCACUCGUUAUUCGUGCAA